CAUGUACGUAUAAUACGAAGACCCAAACUGCGGGACCCCUGGCGAUCUUUCAUCUUUAUUCCGCUUCGUUCAUCCGCCUUGGUCAGUAAACGGUCACUCUCACGCGCUCAAUCGCCCUGUCCCUGCUCAUCUUCUCUUCGAUACCCGGCAAGAGAUCCCAGUCUGCUUGAACCUCAGAUUUACACCAUGGCUAUCGAUCUCGGGCCUCUGGGGCAGCAGACUGUCCCGUCUGCGGCAUUGAUUGGCUUGGGUGCGAUCACGGCGGCCUCGGUCCUGUUUACAACGUUGAGAGUGCUACUGAGCACUUUCGUGCUACCUGGACAAUCUCUGUCCAAGUAUGGACCGAAGGGUUCCUGGGCCGUUGUCACGGGCAGCUCGGAUGGCAUAGGUCGAGAAUAUGCUUUACAACUUGCGAAGAAAGGAUUCAACCUGAUUCUUGUCUCUCGAACGGCCUCGAAGCUAGAGUCGCUUGCCUCCGAGAUCAAGAAGGCGUCGCCCAAUGUCUCCACGGAAAUACUUGCUAUGGACUUUUCGCAAAACCGCGACUCGGACUACGCUUUGUUAGGAUCUCUCGUGCAAGGAAAGCAGGUCUCGAUCCUGAUAAACAAUGUCGGACAGAGUCAUAGUAUUCCAGUACUAUUCGCGGACACACCUUGGAAUGAGAUAUCGAACAUUAUCAACAUUAACUGCUUGGGAACACUUCGCGCCACGCAGACGGUUCUACCUAGCAUGCUGCCAAACAAGAAGGGCCUCGUCCUAACUAUGGGUUCAUUCGGUGGUUUAACACCCACUCCGCUGUUGGCAACCUACUCCGGGUCGAAAGCUUUUCUGCAGCAAUGGUCCAAUGCUCUCGCCUCGGAACUUGCACCCCAAGGUAUCGAGGUGUUUUUCGUCCAUUCUUACCUCGUCACAUCUUCAAUGUCCAAGAUACGACGAUCCAACUGGCAGGUUCCAACCGAAAAGUUGUUUGUGAAGACUACACUGGCAAAGAUUGGACGGAGAGGAGGAAGUGUUGGCUACCCACACAGUGGCACGCCGUACUGGAGUCAUGCUCUGGUGGCAGCUGUGAUCACAGGGGUUCUUGGACCCAUGAACAGUGCACUGCUGUCAUUCAACCGGAAGAUGCACGUGGAUAUCAGAAAUAGGGCUCUGAAGAAGGCUGAGCGAGACGUACAGAAGAGCAAGAAGUCAACUUGAGCAUAAAAGCAGAUUAAUCCAGAAGGGCAACAUAGCGUGGCGUCGCAACAACUUUACCGUGGGAUAAUCUGGUACUGGCACGUACAUAAUCAUAUAGUUCUCGAGACGAUACCCAGUAAUGAUAAUGAUAUGCCAUACAUAAAC